AUGUCAAGAAUGCAAGGCGGCUCACUUCACACUGUUCUUGACGUGGCCGAGCACUGCGGUAUUGGCGGGUGGCUGAAUGGAGACUCGUGGAUCUUGUCCCAGGCACCGAAGCCCCUCAAAACACCCCCAGUUGGUCUCCUUGGUUAUCGUUAUGACCUUGUCUUGGGCCACCUUGGGACGUCAUUUGUUGCAUGGGGGAACCAAUCAGUUGUCCAACGCUCUGCCAGCUUCGACGUCCGAACCUACGGUCGAGAUUUCAUUUUUCGCGAGUAUAUUCCAACUUCCAGUUUCUUCUCUGCGGCCAUCGUCCACGUUAUCACCAAGAUCGGUAUUAUCCUCCUCUGUAUUUCUUGGUUCAGAUCAUUUGUUCGUGGAAAGGCGCUUGAUCCUGGAUCUGGCCCAGACAGAGAAGAAAGCAGAAGAGUUGAGAGUGCUGAGUGGAAAGCUACGGCGUAUAUGAAAGGGGAAAAGGAGCCUGUGGCCGUGGCGGAAUUUGGGUACCAAGGUGCACUAGUUGACAUGGCUGCCAUCCUAGCCGUUGAAGCUGCAGCCACGAUUAUGGAGAUGGCCGAGGUCAAGGCUGAUGGAUCACCUAUAGUUGGUCUUCUAACACCCUCCACAUUGGGUUUGUGGUUUGUUGAUCGGCUGAAGAAAGCAAGAUUCACUUUAGGCGUGUAUCGAGUAUGA